AUGUAUCAGUUGUGGCUAGAUGAACUAUAUCCUCGAGCAAAAUUUGCAGACGGACUUGCCAUCAUUGAGAAGCUUGGCCACACAAAACGAAUGCAAACAAUGAGGCGACAGUGGAUCAAUGAAGGGAAACCACAGGACAGCUUGGAUAGCUUAGGAGAAGGCACAGAAGAGCUGGCAGGCGAACAAAGAAGCUCGAAAGCGGGACAGCAACAAUACUGGGAGGCCAAGUCAAGGGAGAGGCCGAGAACGCCUGUUGCAGUUGUGGGGGAUGACAAUGAUAUCCACGCAGCCACACCAACAUUUCCUCGAGACGAUGGGAAGACGGAACGCGAUGGUGACACGGAAAAUUUGUUUUUGGACGAUUCAACGAAGACUGUUCUAAUACUAGGGCAAGAAUCCAGAAGCCCAACAAGGGAGGAGAAUUUUGCCGAUGAUGAGGAUGCACUGUUAGCUCACAACGAUGUGUGGUGA